AAUCCUCCUUAUACUGCAAUAACAGAUCUUGUAAAAUUCAAAGAAACGAAUGCUAGAAGACAUCGGGAAAAUCGAAUCGAAAAUCGAAGUAUAAUGAAGCAAUCUUCACAAAAGCACCUCAAGAGUGAUGCAUGUAUGUGUUCAUAUAUUCACGUGUGGGCAUUGGCAGGUGGCAUGAUCGCGUGUCUUUACGUUCUGAUCGUUUUAUUUCGUUUAGCCGACGUAAAAUCAUCUGCUUGCACAGCGAGUUUGACUAAAAGGGCUAAAAGCUAAUCAUAUCUCUUGCAUUCAUGUCUGGAAUGAGGAGACUAGCGAAGAGRUUCAUGAUUACAUUUGCUGGGGUGAUGGCAUUGUACUUGAUUCUCAGAGGUUUGAGGCCAGGGAAGAUCAUAAAAGUUCGAAAACUAGAAUUCUGGCCACCCGAAUGUCACUAUACAAGAUUACGACGAGAGAUCGUGACUGAAGAGACUGAAGACCAUAGCGAGUGUCUCAUUCACAAACCAUCCGUCAAUGCAUGYCGUGAAGCUAACAAGUAUUUUGGUAGCCCCUUUGAAGACCUGGUAACUAGRAACUGCACACCGCUUCCUACCCCUGACAUUUGCUGGUUCACCGACACGCAGCCGCCCAAGCUGCAAUGCUCAGAGAGUUUUUGUGGAGACKAUAUAGUCUAUAUGGCUCGACUAGAUCCACGGCAUGGCACGGUAAAUCAUUGGCAGGCAAUAUCUCCAUUCACAACCGAAAAUGCACAGAAAUUCGUCAAUAAAAUACAAGCAGAAGGUGGGACUUUUUGUUUAAUCAAGUGCGGCGRGUUUACACAAGUCAUUCUUUUCCCGCCAAAACUCAUUUUAACGGAAAACUUGGACCGUAAACCUAACGUCGUCAUAUUAUUACUGGAUUCUCURUCAAGAAGACAUUUCUAUCGUGUUWUGAGRAAGUCAGUUCAGGCUUUGAGAGACGUCAUGAAUGACCCGUCCGGUGCCGCAACGGUGCUUGACUUUGAGCUCUUUCAAAGUAUCAGUAUGCAUACCUUUGAUAAUCUUCGCCCACUGUUCUCUGGAGUUCUGCAAGGUUAUACGGAUUUUAAGAAAAAAUCAUCCGCGUCGCAAAGACCUGUGGGUAUCGACAUUCUUUUCAAGCAUUUUAAGCAGCAUGACUACCAGACAAUGAUCCAAGAAGACCUUUGCUGGUAUGACGAAUGGGGAACACUCUUAGAUAAUAUGGAACGAAAAUCCGACAGCACACCAUCAGUACAGCGAUGGGUACGGUUUAACGAACUUAUACGCAACCAUCAGCUCGACCAUCUGGGAAUCACGCAUUUUACGUGCGAAGUUCUCAAGUACUACAGUUUGUCCAACCUUUACGAUCGUCCAUCAAAAGUAUGUUUCAAUGGCAGAUUCAUAAGCUCGUAUUUUUACAAGUACACGCGUUCUUUCGUAAACGCAAUAAGACGCACGAAAAACGCAAAGCCGAUUAUUCUCUACCAACACUUAAACACUGCGCACACUGAAACAGGGACGAGGAUUACGAAUAUGGAUCAGGAUCUGGCGAGUUUUAUCCAUUUCAUGUCAARGGAUCCCAAUACGUGGACUUUAAUAYUAUCAGAUCAUGGUCAUACUAGGACACCCUACGGGCAGACUGAGGAAGGCUUACUAGAGCGAUACAAUCCUCUGCUUUUCAUGAUAAUACCAAAACARCUCGCAAAACGAUUGGGUAGAGAAACAAUGGAUAACCUGUCAACCAAUCAGCGAAGAAUUCUCACCACUCUAGACCUACAUAAAGCUCUUAUGACUUUCCACCAGGAAUCGAACUCYCGAUCAAAGGAUUUUCGGAAAACGGGUGUGUUCUCGAAGAUUCCAUCRAGUCGAACAUGUUUUGACCUGCCCUUGAUGCCAUUGGCUAGGUGUCARUGCGAGGGGGCUGAACAGAGCUUGAGAGACAAUUCACCAAGUCAUACUUGGUUAGCGGAGUUUGCUCUUGGUACUCUAAAUGGGUAUAUACAGCAUCAGUACUCUAAUGGAAAACAUUCAAAAUCGCUUGGGGUGAAAGGGUACGGACGUUGUSUUCGCUUGACAGGGAAAAGUUUUACUAAAGUMAUUCAAAGGCAACAYGGCUCURUGGUAAAAUUCAACAUUCACGUAGACGCGACAGUUGUAGGUCUCCAGGACGACGAAGUCUUUCAAGUGGCCGUUCGCCUGAACAAUGGCGUCCCAAAACUUGUUUUAUACGACCGUCAAACUUUGUACAACAAGUUUAAACCUUGUGCUGACGAAUCUGUGGACAUAAAACUCUGCAUGUGCGACAAGAGAAAACCUUUGAACGACGUAGUCRGUCGGAUAGACUCGAARAAGGUUGCACAUCCCAAAUUGCAUUUCAUGUUUCAGUCGCAUGCCGAAAUUACGAACUUAUAUGARAAUUGUUUACUUCAAGUGAUUCGUAGACAUCCCAGUGGAAUUAGCGUGGCUUAUGAGGUGAUUAAUUCUUGUAAUGACAAGACAUUUGAAGUGKUGGUAGAAGGUACUACUGAGUAUGUGUUUUUAUCGAUGAAUCUUCCAAUGGCGUUUACAAUACAACCAAACACCCAUUCUUUUAUGUUUUCUGGUACAAGGCAGAUUUUGAGCCAUAGUCAUUUAGAUAUUAAAGUUAUUGUAAGACUUGUUAGWUGACGAUGGGAUUCCUUUGUGGACUUGAUUCCGAGAGGGACUGAUAUAAGAGRAAUUUUACCCAAGUUCCACUCGGUAACAAGUACUAGAGGGAGCCCAUCUAUAGAUUUAUGGCAGCUCCUGAGAUUUUGCACAGGAUGUGCGUUUAGACGUUGUGGGAAGGAUUACAUUGUAAUGUGUGCUCAAACGGCGUACAGUGAGCUGCGUCUCACAUAGAGAAUAAGUCCGAGAGAGUGUUCAAUAAAAGAUCGAGCAAGGAGUUGCAUUCCUCAGAUGUCUAAGGGAGCGUUCAAAUUGCAUGACAGYUAGCAAUGUGUCAUUUUAUGGCAAUCUCUGAACCCAAUAUAUAUURAACAAAAUUGCGCAUGUUUUUCUUUGUCCUCUUAUAGACCUCUGAGGCUUUUACGUCAUAUAAUGGCGGAUUUCUUUUGUUUUCUCUAGAAACUGAUCCCACAAUGCAUUGAAAAGCAAGUAGUGACGUAAAAGGUUCAGAAGUCUAUUGACACCUAUGAUUGACACACGUUAUAAAGUGUUCAAAACUCAAGUGAACUCAUGAGUGCAGAGUGCAACAAAAAAACRUGCACAAUUUGUUUUUUUUUUUACCACAUUUUCAGCCAAAUAUUAGGWAGAAAUCCUUUUCUUUGACUGAGCGCGCGCGAGACGUAAUGACGUCAUCKCAGUGUGUAUGUCAUAUGACACAUUCUAAUCACCCAAAUCAGCGCGCAAGAAUUGAUCUUUUAAAUAGUUUUUAAAUGGUUUGUUAAUGUUCAUAAAUGCUCAYAAUAUUAAUAUUAAAAUCUCGAUGUAAAUUUUUA